GUUUUGACAGUUGCCUCAGUAACACACCCACAGCUUCCUGUAAAUAUGAAGGCGGAGCGUCCGCGCGUCUUUUGUCCAAAACAAGAUCAACUUCCCUGCACAGCAGUACCGAGACAUGGGGAAGCCUCGUCUGCUCUAGAAGUCUGGCCGCAAAGAAGGCUUCUUGUCAGGUUCAUCACUAAAACAAACUUCGGGUUUAAGAGAUGUUUGCCACAGCCACCAGAAACUUUGUGGAGGAGGUGGAUAAUGGGGGUUUGCUGAUCCCAGUGUCCAGCCUGAAUGACACUAUUGCUCUUCUGACAGUGGUGGUGAAGCGCAAGCGUUUCUGGGUCUGGCAGAAGCCCAAGUACAUUCCCUCUGAUUUUAACCUCAAUGAUAUACUAACAGGAGACAUACCUAUGAAGCCAGACGUCAUAGAGACAGACUUCAUUAAAUACAAUGGAACAUUUGGUGACAACAUCCAAGCAACCGUGGACGCAAAUUUUGUCCACGCCAGUGUGAGUGUCGAGGGUAAAGACUCUUCCAAACUCCAGUCAUCCUUUGGCAGUUUGAAGAAGGAGGAAGUGGAUGUGCAGAAGCUGCUGCGAGACUCCAAAAGCAGGGUCCUGGACAUGUCCCAUGAUCUGAUCCAGCAGACGAAGGAGAAGCCCCGACAGGUGUUUGGGUUUGUGAAGGAGCGUAUUGUGACUACUCAGCCCAGUUCGGUCAUAGAGGAGGUUCAGCAGGGAGCACAGUGUGGAGGAGGACUGAGCCUCUGUGGGCCCAAGAGGUCAAAGGUUUCAUUGAAAGAGAAUGGGAGCUUGAGUAAAGACAGUAACAUCACCAUGGAGAUUCCCAUCCAUACUACAAUUGCCUAUGCUCUUUUAGAGCUAGAGAUCAAACAAGAUGGGCGCUUUGAGAUGUGUCUGAUGUCAGACACCACUGGAGGUUUUGAAGUUGACGGCCUUGCUAAGAGAAGACCGUUGGGUGUCUUUGGAGCCCCUGCCUCUGAAAAAAAUUACCUUAGACAAGAGCUGGAGCAACUGAGCGAUCAUUUCCAGCUGCUUUCAUCUCUUCCUGCCACCACGAGGUCCUUUCUGCUCCAGCAAAUCACCAAAGUUAUGGAGGACCGAGGGGCCUGCAGUUCACUUCAGAAUGCGCUGGAACAGAUGUGCUUGGAUGAGAGACCUGCCCUGGGUGAUGUCACAACCACAGAGCCCCAAAAACAGAACAUCCGAGCAAUUCUGGACCUUUUGGAGCAGUCUGGUCAGGUUGAGUCCACACCAGUCCUUACAGCCCUAAACCUUGUUACCAGCGCAAUGGAUGAAAUGACAAAUGAUUGUCUUGCUGUCUUGGGAGUGUGCUGCAGCCUCACAGUGUUACAGGCUCUUGAGCUACUGGUGCAAUGUGUAUCCGGCAAGGGGGAGUUGCAUCUGAGCGGCGCGGGCCUAGCUGCACUGACAGAAGACGUCUUUGAAAAAACUGAACAUCUAUUUGCCUUGUCUAAUGUGUCCCUGGAGAGAGACGGGGACACAGUGAAGACAAAAAUAAGCCACCUGGCAGGAAAUCGCCCUCUGGUCCUGUGUAUCGCUGUCAGAGGUCUCGCCUCAUUGGCCCACUGUGAUUGAACUGAAGACACGUUUACGGUUUAUCCACCAGAAACUUGAAACAUUACACUGGAAUGAGGUAAAGAGAAUCAUGUAGAUCACGUCAUUUUUACAUCAGUGUUUUUCUCUUUUUGGUGCAGUACACAUUCCUCUAAAACAGUGUUGCGUUUCAUAGUAGGAUGAUUAUAUAGAUAAAUGUAAUAGUGUUCAAAUAAUUAGUGAAUGAAUGCUUUAGUCAGUAAAUGACAAAUAAACAACAAAAAAUGACAAUCAAAAAUUGUAGGUCAUGGAUUUUGGACUGUUUGUUGGACAAAACAAGCAUUUUGAAGACAUCGCCUCAGAUUCUGGGAAAAUAAAAGGUACAAUUUUUUACUGAUUUCUGAUUUUAUCUAGAAAAAAAACAAUUGCUCACAAAUGUAAAAUGAUCCACUUUGAGAUUAUUAAAUAAGGGAUAGUACCAUUGUAAGUUGUGUUUUCUUAAAGUUAAUUAAUGCCUUCAAGCCAAUCCAAACCAAUCAAGAUUUUGUUCCAACCUGCUGGUAGGACCAGCAUCAUUAUACACAUAAAUGAAAGAAAAAGAGUUAAAUGAUAGACCUCUGGAUCUUACCAUCUUAUUUUGGGUCAUAGUCUCUGAAAGAAGCACAUCUUUAUUGUAUCGUAUUCUUGUGUAAUUCCAUUAUAAAUACAGUAUGAUUUGUAUGUGUGUCUCAUUUGCCUAUGUUGCAAAAAUUUAACUAAAACCUCUCACUUUUAAAAUAAACAAUGGAUUUUUUUUUAUGUAGGAUCUAAUGUCACGUCUCAGCCAUGGAGACCCACCCCCAACUCUGAAUUUGUAGGAUAAUCUAAGCUAUAUUUUUUCUGCAAUAACAUUUCAAUGAGUUUCAAUGUGCCUUUUAUUGUGAAGCUUUAUUUCAGGUUUUAACAAUAUUGGAAAUUGUUUAAGCUUUUUAUCUGUAUCAUUGUAUGUUUUAUAAGAAAAAGAUGUAAAUACUAUUUUCUCUACCAGUUUGGUUUGUGCCAAAAGAGAAAAGUAAAAUCAAAGUGGAUCAUUAGAAAACACCAGUUAUUUACUUGACAUCUGAAAAUAAAAUUUAUUUGAAUUCUUGUAAAAUAUACCAUUUAAUAAGUAAAUAUGCGCUUUAUUUAAAACCAUUUUAGUAAUAUCACAUCAAAAGGGAUGUUCUCUGAGAUGCAUUACCCUGUUCAAGAGUCCCAUGGAAAGUUUUUCUUUCAAGCUAACACAAAGACAGCACCAUAUCGGCAUGUCUAACAGUCAGAAAUACAUGAUUGAAAUGCCUGACAAACAUAAUUCAUGUUAUCUGUUGUGCUUGAGUGAAAGAGAAAUAAUUACUAAACACUAAGGAAAUACUUUUUUUCUGUACAACAUAAAAUAGUGACUGGCUUGACAUUUUGUAUGUAUGAGUUCAAACUGCAAAAACAGAGCAUAAAUGUCACGUUGAGGAAAAAGGUCUCAAAUGACUAAUUCUACAUGAAUGUUUGUAGUGACAAAAUGAGAUGAAGUACUGAAGGCAUAUGCACUGUAAACUGUAACACUGAGGUAUCCUUCUUUCCUUGCAGAAUAAAUACUUAGAUAAAGAUGUAAAAUUAAAACAG